AGGGAGGGGGAGGGAUCCAGAGCUGAUCCCACGUGUGACGAUUGCAUUCCCGGCUCAGUAAUAUUCUCUUAGCUGGGCUCUGUGUAGCGUUUGCUGUGACUGUGUGUGUUAGUUACUGGCUAUAGUUGGGUUAGCAAUGGAGGGAGAAGGGAGCCAAGCCACAUCUGGAAGCCCUAAUGAUUCACAACACGACCCGGGUAAAAUGUUUAUCGGUGGCCUCAGCUGGCAAACUUCACCAGACAGCCUUAGAGACUAUUUUAGUAAAUUCGGGGAAAUAAGAGAAUGUAUGGUGAUGAGAGAUCCCACAACAAAACGCUCCAGGGGAUUUGGGUUCGUUACGUUCGCGGAUGCUGGCAGUGUAGAUAAAGUCUUAGCCCAGCCGCACCACGAAUUAGACUCAAAAACGAUCGACCCUAAAGUUGCCUUCCCCAGACGUGCUCAACCCAAGAUGGUCACAAGAACAAAGAAAAUAUUUGUCGGAGGAUUAUCAGCUAACACAGUAGUUGAAGAUGUGAAGCAGUAUUUCGAACAAUUUGGCAAGGUAGAGGAUGCCAUGCUCAUGUUUGAUAAGACUACCAACAGACACAGAGGAUUCGGCUUUGUAACCUUUGAGAUUGAAGACGUGGUAGAGAAGGUCUGCGAGAUUCAUUUUCAUGAAAUCAAUAAUAAAAUGGUAGAAUGCAAGAAGGCCCAGCCGAAGGAAGUGAUGUUUCCUCCAGGGACGCGGGGUCGGGCCAGAGGACUGCCCUACACCAUGGAUGCCUUCAUGCUGGGCAUGGGCAUGCUGAGUUACCCAAACAUUGUAGCAACGUAUGGCAGGGGAUACACCGGCUUUGCCCCGAGCUACAGCUACCAGUUCCCUGGGUUCCCGGCUACAGCGUACGGUCCAGUGGCGGCGGCGGCAGUGGCGGCAGCAGCGCGCGGCUCAGGUAGGGGCUCGCGCGGACGGGGCGGCUACACGGCAUACCCGCAGAACGCAGGGGCAGGGUACCCCGAUUACGGGUUCUAUUCCUCGCCCAGCGACCAGAGGGGCCCCGCGUUCUCCUUCGCGGACUACGGCUCCCUGGGGCCCCACCCCCCUCAGCUGCUGCACAGUGAGCAUGCCACGUCCGCCUGCCACUCCCCCCUGCAGCAGACGCAGCCCCAGGCGCAGCAGCAGCAGCAGCACCUGCACAGCCCGGAUCAGUUUAAGAGCCCAGGAGGUAACCCAGCACGGCCUGGAGGCUUUCCCGGCGCCAGCAGCCCAGGGCCUGUGGCUGACCUGUACGGCCCCACCAGCCAGGACUCUGGCGUGGGGAACUACAUAAGUGCUGCUAGCCCCCAGCCCGCCUCUGGCUUUGGCCACAGCCUUGCCGGUCCCUUGAUUGCGACAGCUUUUACAAAUGGAUACCAUUGAAACCCUAACAGGUGGUUGGUUGCCAUCUCUUUCGAGCAGAGUUUGUCAGGAGGCCCGGGGAAGACAGGGCGGAGUUUCUAGUGGGUUCUGUGUACAGGUAAUGCAGUGAGAAAAAAAGAAGAAAAAAAAAAACACAAAAAAAGACAACCACCACAACAUCAAGCACUACAUUGUGAUACACGACGACGCAGGAAAAGACUGUGGAGAUGGCACCACCUGAAGAACAAAAGAAACACACAAAAAUAUAUGAGUGAGAAAAUUGUUUAAUCAUCUCAAGAAUGACAAAUAAUGGUGAUGAUAGAAAAUCUGCUGUACUAUAUCUAAACCUGGCAUUGGAGUCCUUUGUUAUCCUUCUUUAUAUCCUUAUCUUAACAACAGUACUUUAAGAUUAUGGCAUUUUUCCUCUUUCUGUGUUUUCCUUUCUGAUUAGUUGAUUUCCUUAUUGUCUCCUAUGAUAUAGUCUUUUAAAUAUUCAAUGUCAAAUUUAAUCUCAAGUUUUCAUUUGUUAGGAUUUAUUGUCACCAUUUUAUGUAAUCUGGCUCAUUUCUUCGUUUUGUUUUUCUUUUGAGGUUCGAGUUGGUGCAAUGGAUGUUUAUUUUCACUGUUAGUAUCAAUCCUCAACUGUCAAAUCUUCAGGUGUCAUUUUGCACAUGCAAGAGCUGAUUGACAUAGAAAGGGUUGAAAGAGGAGGAAAAUGUUUUUAAUCCAACCUUAAGAAAGUGAGUGUGUAACUAAUAAAUCUUAGUAGCUCUGUUUUUGUUCCUUGUAAUGUCUCGUUAACCAUAAUUACCUAUUUUGGGCAAUAAGAGGACUAUAAUAUUUUCACAGUCCUUUUUUUAUAAGUGUCUCUUUUUGUUGUCAGGACAAAAAAGAAAGGCUUUUUUGCUUUUAAUACUUUGUGAAUUCAGAUUUUAAAAAAGAAAUAUGUAAUAUGUAAAUAUUAUUCCAGUCACUACAUUUAACCAUUUGAGAAAGAAAGAUAUUUUUGUGAUGGUGUGUCUGUCCUGAAGGCUGUUACUGUGCGAGAGCUCGAAGAUUAAGUUAAAAGCAAAGACUUUAAAAGCUCUAAGCAGUACAAGAAAAAAAAAGAAACAUUUGUAGCACAAAUGCCGUUACUACCCCACCGAGGACAAGUUCCUAUCAAGAAAAAAGUACUGUUGGCUUGCUCUGUAAAUAUAUUUGGCAUUAUAACUGUGUUAGUGUCAUACCAGCAUAUUGACUAGAUAGUGACUUCAAAUGUACACAUCUUAAAUAGAACUGUAAUGAAACGUUGAGAAAGGGUUGUUCCACAACACCUUCCUGAGAAUCAGACCUGGUUAAUUGUCUUUCACGGUUGAUUAAUAAUAAUUUUUUAAAAAUCAGCAAAGAACAAAUUAUGAGGAAAUCCAAAGCACACAUUUUACUCUUAACAGUUUCAAAGAAGAGGAGGAAAAAAUUAAAAUAUAUAUAUGUGGUUUUAGACAUUUCAUUAUAAUUACACAGAUUGGUGUUUUUACUUUUUAAUUUCCCCUUUGAUCUAGUUUGUUUUUAGUUUGAUGUGUUCCCCUAGAAGUCUAAAUGUCUUUUUUAUUCAAUGUAACACAAGGCAAUAUUUCAAUAGUUUGAGGUUUGAGAGAAAUGGCUUCUGAGUUAUUUUGAAUGAAUACGGAAAAAACCAACGUUUUAUACCAUUACCUCAGUCCUGUGAGUUUUAUUUUAGAAGAGAUGUCAAAGUAAUUUAUUUUAGGCAUAAAGAAAAGAAACAUUUGAAAAUAAUGAAUGGAUUGUUUUGAGAUGAAAUCAUUGCACUGUGACUUGUAGGAAACAAUUUACCAUUUUCUAUUUGCACAUGAAAAAUGACGGCUAUUUAAAAUGGUCUCCACCCGGGGAUUUAUAUGAAGGUUUGAGGCAGAGGGACGUUAAUGUCACUUGUUUUGCAUCAUUUACAAGCUAGCACCUGCAGUGAGCCCCAAUAGGCCUGGGCCAGAGGAGACAGUAGUACUGUUGUAAAAACACUGUCCAGUGGGUUGUAAUUAUUAAGUUAUUACUAGCCAUUGUGUGAUGUCACAAACCAAUCCAUAUAUAUAUAACAAGAGUUUUGAAUGCAGCCUGCAGAGACACUGAAAUAAUUCUAACCCUAGCUGCUAAACACACGUCUCCUCUACAUGUAGGGACUGGAUUUGCUCAAGCAAAGAGAAAUGGCAUUUAAAGAUAUGCUUUAAGAUGAAAUUUAAAAAAAAAAGAGUUGAGUGAUAUUUAAAGGUAUGAAUCGAUUGAUGUAUAUGCUGAUGUUUAUCUUCUCUGAAAGUAUGUUUUUAUCUUGUGUUAUAUUAUUUUAUGUCUUUGAUUUCUGAUACAACAUUUCACUGAACAACCAGGUGAAGUAGAAUGCUGGAUUCUUUUUAGGCACCAUGGAGAAAAUUGAUAGAGUAACAAUGGUAGACACUUCACAAAGCGGUCUGUGCUUAUGGUUCACUCUUUAAAAAUGUAUUUAAAAAUGAAAAUGAUGAUAUAAUCCCUUAAAUCAUUUUAUUUGAAUGAUACUGAAUUUGGGAUUUUUUUUAAAUCAAUUUGUUGUGGUUGUUAAUGAUACUACUACUAAUAAUUAUGAUACAGAUAAUGAUAUAAUUAUGUGCUGUACUCUUUUAUCAUUUACUCUCUGUCUCCAUUCCCUGUCACCACAUACACUCUUAUGUUGGUCAUUGUAUCUCAGUAGUGUAUUUAAAAAACAAAAACAAAAAAAAAUGUGACAGUGAUGUCUAUGAUGCCAGUGUAGUGGUCAAAACCCCUUUGUUAUUCUCACCUUUCCCCCUCCUUUUCCCCAUCCCUUUCUCUCGCAUUCAUAUUUUGUCUCUGCUCUCUCUCUCUCUCUCUCUCUCUAACGUUUGUCUCCCACUCUCCUAGUGAGUAGUUGUAGAUGUUAUGUAAUUAAGACUUAAGAUGUAGUUGUAGUAGAUUAGAUUUAGGACCAGUGAGGAUAGAACUUCCUCUUACUGAUUAUUAGUUCAACAACAGAAAAUCAAAUGCUAAUGGUUAUUUUCAUAGCAUUAUUCAGUUUUUUGUGUUUAUCAUUUUUUUUUCUGUCUUUUCGCUAAUCUCACAUGGUUUCAACUAACCAAAGCUCUCACGGAUUGAAAAUCUACAAAAUAAGAAAUUGCUGUACGAACAGAAUUGUAAACAAGACAUCAAUUGGAUUCCCGCCCUUGAAUGUUUUAAGAGGGGUGUGCCAUACUACCUUAAAUGCUAAUGCUAGAUAUGCAAAACUGUUUUAUUUUUUAUAAUUUUUUUAAGAGGGACACAAGCUAUAAUUAUGAAGUGGAGGAUUUUAUUACAUGAGCGAGAAAAAAAAACAUAUUUUUCUAGAAAGUUCUAACAGAAUAAUGAUAAUAAUGAUAGGAUAAUAACUAAAUAUCAAUGGAAACUCGACUUGGUUUUGAUGUUUGUACUCUUAAAAAAAAUUCCCAAUUGCCCAUGGCGCUACUAUUUUCAAUACUGGUUUUAUUUUUCUUCUUUUUUAACAAGUCUGCCUGGACAGAUCGGUAGUUUAGUUUCCACUCAUCUGAAACAUUAUUUUUGUACUCCAACAACAUGGAAACCAGCUCUUUGUCUUAAUCAAUGAACUAGCCCAUAUCCAUUUAAAUUUAGAUGCUUUCAGGUGAGUUGCCAUCUCAUGAGGAUUUAGAUGUCAUACACGGUAAGACAUUUAUGUAGGUGCACACUCCUACACAUACUCGCAUUCAGUUACAUAGAGGAACUUAUACAUAUAUGAGCAUGUAGGCAGGCACAUUGAUUGGGUGAAGACUUUGGCUGACUCGUGCCCAACACCGCUUUUCAUCCCUCACUCAGAGCUGGGCAUAUUUAACUUCAUGCCUCAGGUGCUGUGGAGUAAAAACUUGACUACCACUCCUCUGUAGUUGAGGAAGCCAGAUGCAGUGUGUUUUUUUUUGUUGAAAUGGAGAAGACUGGUUGUCCUGAGUGAGUGGGUUAUUAUUAUUAUUAUUAUUAUCUUUAUUAUUAUUAUUAUUCAGAUGUUCUUUUACCCUCAUGGGUCUCUAAUACUAACCGUUUUGCUGAAUUCAGUUUAGCAAUAGAUGCUAACUGGCUAUACUGUAUCCUCUAAACUGUUAUAGAUAGCGUUGCAGUUUGCAAGAUAUUUGUUAGAGUUACCAGUUGCACCCUUUGCCAUUUACUGUACUGUACUGUAUUAAAAUAAGAUAUAUAAAGUGAAUGUCUUGCUCUAGUCUUUGAUUAAAAGAAAGGCUGGUGGCCAUUUUAAAUAGUCUACACCCUCCCAUUAGUUUAAUUCUCUUGUUUUGUUUCUGAUUUGAUCUCGUAGCUUGGACUUUAAGGUAGCAUGGCUCUGUUGCUGUACUUUUGUUUCUCAUUGACAGCAGUUUACAGCUGAUGAAUGUUACACAUCUUGCUAGACUAGUUAAUUCAUUGGAGAAAAAAAAACUGUUGGUUUAAAAAAAUAUCUGAAAAAGAAAAAAAAAUUGACCUGGAAGGUGUUGUGGGUGGGAUUUGAAGUGUACUACCGUAUCCAUUUAAACUUGAAUCUUGAGGCAAGUGCUAAGCAAUGGUCAACCACUCACCCCGUCAUCUUUACAACGCAACUCUACACGCACACACACUGUAAUUACAUGUGUAUAUAUUUGUAUACAAAUACAGGAUAUAUAUGUAUAGUGUAUAUAUAUAUAUCUUCGUUAAAAUGUUUAACUGCCUCAUAGACUAUGACUCUUCGUUAUUGUUUUUCAAGCUUAAAGUGAAGUCCCUGUCACCUACUUCAAACAUAGUAGUCAACACUGUUUGCUGUCAGUAGCUGUUCAAAACAUUUGCUGCAGAGUUGCUGUGGAGUCAGUUGUAGGAGAGUUGUGUUUGUAACCAGGAUAUUAUUGGAACAUCUGUGUUGUAGGAACUAUAAAGUUGUAAUUUAGGCGCUGUACGCAUUACACGACGUGAAUGUGGGUAACCACUGAUGCUGACUCUUGAGGAUGGUCUUACCAUGUUGGGGGUCCGAGCACGGUGGAACAAGCCAAGACAUGUUAUUAUGAGGGGUUUGAGUGGGGACUAUAAUAUUUCCCAGCCCCAUGUCUCCUUAAGUGAUGAAUUGUUUCCAUACGUUCAACUGUCGGUUGUUUCACUUCACUUACUGCCUUGCCCAUUCCUUAACACUUGCCCAUUUUUUAAUGUUAAUGGACUUUCUAAAACAGCGAGAAACUGACUGAAUGGACAGGCGUCUGAGAGCAUCUUUCAGGUCUUCUUGUAUGGCUUGCUCAAGCCCUGUUGUAAAAUAAAAACUCAAAAAAUGGAUGGGGCUCUCUCACAUCUCAGAUGUGGAAAGUAUACUUUUAUAUUUGUAUUUUCAAAUAAUAAUAAUAAUAAUGAUAAUAAAAAUGUUUGUGAAAGGUUUCCAUCCUCUACUGUGGUCCAGAAAUCAAUGUGUUUGUCUGGAAAAAAUAAUAAAAAAAAUAAAUAAAUACUGUUUUCAACCA